AAUUGGCUCUUUCUUGCUUUCUCUCUCCCGGAAGUACCUGGGGAACUUCCGGAGGCGGGGCCAGAGUGUUGGAAAGAGGCCUCGGCUGGGUGAAGAGUUUUCUUGAAGCAAAGAAAAAGCAGCACCUACCGGGUACUUUGUUCACCAAACAUCCUAGCAUAGCUACAGGGUUAGCAAACAGCCUUGUUGUGGAAAAUGGCCACCAAGGUGAAUGAGCAGAGCCUAGAUGCAUCCUGCAGUGAUCCUGCAAAGGAGAGGGAUCCAGGUAGCACCAACAUGGCUGAGCACCAGGACUUGGAUAGAGGCGAGGUCAAAGCAGCUGGUGAGUGUUCAGGAGGAGGAGCCGAACAUUCGGAGAUGACGCAGCAGCCUACUGAUCAGCGUCAAGCCCCAAGAUUGCAGGUAAAACAAGAAGAGAAACCAAAGACUGAAAAAUCCUUGGUGCCCCCUGCUGCAGAGGCUUCUGUGUCAGUUCCAGUGCUGCCCUUGGGAGAAGGGAAAGGGGCGAAGCGGAUGAUGGAGGAUGAUGAUGAUGAUGCUGACAUCUUUAAAGAAAUGCCAGAUGUCUGCCAGGAGGCCAGAGAGCCAGGAAGGGCCAUGCUCCUGCCAGAUCUCUUUGGGGAGGCGCAGCAGGCUCAUAGCAGUCUGGCUGCCGGCCGGGCUGGAGGAUGUGCCAAGGUGGAGCAUGCUAUCCCAUGCCUGCUGAACGUUGGCUCCGAGAACCAGCGCAAACGCUUCCGGGGUUUUACCUACAAAGAGACUGAAGGGCCCCAAGUGGCCUUUGAGCGACUCCAGGAACUGCUGUUCCAGUGGUUAAAACCAGAGGCCCGCAGCAAGGAGGAGAUUGUGGAGCAGUUGGUGCUCGAGCAAUUCCUGAACCUCCUCCCAGAGGAUGCCCAGCGCUGGGUUCGGGAACGUCACCCUGAAAAUGGGGAUGAGGCUGUAGCCCUGGCAGAAGACUACCAGUUUCUGCACCCUGAGCCUGGGAGACGACCCUACCCUGAAAGGGCAAGGCAACGGUCUUCAGCAAGGAGUUGGCUCCGCUGAAGUCACUGAAUCAGACAAGCAGGACGGGUUAUUGACUGAGAGAAUCAAAGACCUAGUUAUCUACCAAGCCGAGCGGGAAAAACCUAAAUGGGCCAGAGGAAUCCGGAACUCAGACAUCACAGUGCAGUUGCCGAGCAUGAAAAGACCUUUACACAGCCUUUCCCUGCACGGAAACCAUUAACUGGAGCAGAACCUUUCACAUCAUCUGACUUUUUUUGUGUGUAUAUACAUAACGGGGAGAAGAAGGGGAAAUUCAAAAUCUUGCUUGGUCCUUGCUGCAGCUUAAAGAAUGCCCUCUGUGCAUUAAUGCCAUAGGGGUAAGUUGGAGAAAGGACAAAGCAUGAAGGGAACUUGAGAGCUUUUCAAAAGGGAUGGGGGGUGGGCAUGACUUUGGAAUGUAUGUACAUAUGAGCAUUCUGAUAGGAUGCAGAAGGGAAGGGUCUUGUGAUGAAAAUGAUACCUGCCAGUCUGCCUCAGGUUGGUCUGAGGCAUCUGAGUCACACCUCUUCCCCCACUCCUCAAACAGUCUCCCAUGCCCUCCUCCCAUCAGUUUAUGAUUGCCAAGAUAAUGUUUUCCCCCUGAUUCCCUUCCUUGCUUUAUGUUUGGAGGGGUGCCUCUUAAUUUGGAGAGAUGGCCUGCCCUGCUCAUCCUGGGAGAAUUUGUGUGGAAAAUAUUGAAAAGUCACUUUGUAACACUCCCCAGACAUUUUGUGUGGCAGGGCAGACUUUGAACACCUUUGGGGAAUUCAGGGUUCUGCCACAGGCUUACCUCCUCACUACAUCCAACAGCCCUAUAAACUGAAGCAAACUCUAUAUGUUGCAGGUGCAAGGCAGUUGCAAACACUUCCACAUCAUGCAAGCCCCACUGUUGUCAAUGUAGUUUGCCUUGAUCUUGCGGUGUGUCCCCGUGUCAUUGCUCUAUCUCCCUCAGAGCUGCUGGCAUGGAGGUUUGCCAUGCAGUCUGGCAGACCUACAUGGUAUUCUCAUGCUGUGGUAUCUCUGAAGAGUCUAGCCACUCAAAAGCUUUUUGAACAAGCCACCAUGCAGCAACCUUAAAUUAAGCUUGCUUAAGAGAGAGCUUGUGUUACUGGCCAAAAAAGACAUGGGCUCCAAGGUCCACCAUAAUGACUGGCCUCAUAACCCACAGAAUUCUCCCUCCUCGCUUGUAACCAGCCAAAGUAGUCACGGUUUGAUGAACCAGCUGUUUGCUGGAUAUCAAGCAUUCUUCAGUGCUUCAAGCUGGGCUUUACUUCUGCAACAUAUUUGAGAAAUGGAGUGGGAAGGGAAGGGUCUUUUCUGAAGCUCCCCCCCAGGUUUGUAUUAGUGUGUUGAAAUGGGAGCAAAGUGUUUUCUUGCUUGUAGAAACUAGGUUUUUGAUACUCGUCCUGAUGUGAUGUAGCUUCCGCUUUCACCUUGUAUCAGGUGAACUUUAGCCCUGCUUUCAUUUGUGUAAAUUUCUGGUGUGUGUGUUAUGUCUGUGGAUGAGCACAUGUAAUAAAGGAGUUACCAUCC